CAUAGACAGACACCACAGCUCACGCCAACAAUUCCCAAACCCUCAUAUACCUUGCGGUUUUAUACCAUCCAAAUGAUUAUUCGAAUACACGGCGACCUUCUAACUAAAGUACAAACCCUACGGCGGGUCGCGACAUAGGACUCCGUCCACGAACCAAAUCGCACCAGAUCAUGACAAGCAAAGGGAAACAGCUCCCCCAUGAGCGGCGGAAAGGCGAAUCAGCCCUCAGCGAAUUCGCCGAGUACGUUGAGAAACAGCAAGCGACGCGGUACCCGGCGGGUAGCUCCGCCACCGAAGACCACGAUGAGCUCGAUAUCCUCAACUCCCUCGACCUCGCAGACUCAGCACCACAGGUCCGGCUGCGUGAGUUGCUGUUGGGCGAUGCAGAUGAUGCGAUCCCACGGCUUGCAGAGGUACUGCGUGCGCGCAUCCUCGAGGGACACGGCGAGACAGUCUUCGAUAUCGGCUUCGAGAACAGUGGGGAGUGCAUGAACCUUACAAAGGAGGAGUGGGAGGGUGCACUCGCACGGCUGCGUGAGGCAGCGUCGAAUGAGCGUGCAGAGUGCCAGGUCCUGCUUACAAAGAACGUCGGGGGAGAGGCUGAGGCGGAGACGGUUGAUGACAAGGAGAAAGAGUCCAGUGGGAAGGUCCUAGUGAGGCAGAACCCCUCGACGGCGGAGGAUGUGAUUGAGACACGGAUAGCCGUCGUGGGGAAUGUUGAUGCGGGGAAGAGUACCAUGCUUGGGGUGCUGGUCAAGGGAGGGCUAGAUGAUGGGAGGGGGAAGGCGCGUGUUAACCUCUUCCGGCAUAAGCAUGAGAUCGAGAGUGGGCGGACUAGCUCUGUCGGCAUGGAGAUUAUGGGAUUUGGCGCGUCGGGGAAGAUCAUCGUGUCAGAUGUCCCCGGCCGCAGCUUGUCGUGGGAGGAGAUUGGGAAACGCUCGGCGAAGGUGAUAUCCUUCACUGAUCUCGCUGGGCACGAGCGGUAUCUCCGCACCACCGUGUUCGGGAUGCUCUCGUCGAGCCCGAACUACUGCCUACUGAUGGUCGCCGCGAAUAACGGCCUCAUUGGUAUGAGCAAAGAGCAUCUCGGUAUCGCGCUCGCGCUCAACGUACCCGUGAUGGUCGUCAUCACCAAGAUCGACAUCUGCCCACCGCACAUCCUCGAGCAGACUAUCACGCAGAUAACGCGGAUCCUCAAAUCUCCUGGCGCACGCAAAAUCCCCAUCUUCAUCUCCGACCGCGAGAGCUGCAUCAACACAGCCACACAGUUCGUCUCGCAGCGCAUUUGCCCCAUCUUCCAGGUCUCGAAUGUCACCGGGAAGAACCUCGAUCUGGUCCGGACGUUCCUCAACAUCCUACCGCACCAUGGGCACUAUGAUUCCACGGCGCCGUUCGAGUUUCACAUCAACGAUACCUUCUCCGUUCCAUUCGUCGGGACCGUCGUGUCGGGCAUCGUUAAGAGCGGCGUCGUGCACGCUGGUGACCACGUCCUCGUCGGCCCGGACUCGCUAGGCCACUUCACGCAGACGACGAUCCGCUCCAUCGAGCGGAAGCGAAUACCGGUGCCAGCCACAUCGGCAGGGCAGUCGGCGUCCUUCGCGCUGAAAAGAGUGAGGCGACGUGAUGUGCGGAAGGGGAUGGUGGUGCUUGCGAAGCCAGAGGAUGCAGCUGAUGCGCCGCGCGUGUUCCGCGAGUUCGUCGCGGAGGGUACGUCUUCUCCCCUUUUACUCUUCUUUUCGUAGACUAACUCUAACAGUCCUUAUUCUCUCUCACGCCACGACUAUCAAGCCCAAGUACCAGGCUAUGCUCCACGUCGGGCCCGUCUCGCAGACGUGCACCAUCAUCGCCAUUGACCGAGCGCACAUCCGUACUGGAGACCGCGCGACGGUGGCGUUCCGGUUUGUGCAGAGGCCAGAGUAUCUGGUUCCUGGCGAUAGGUUGCUGUUCAGAGAGGGCAGGACGAAGGGGCUGGGUAUUGUGAAGAGCGUGGGGUACGAUCCGCUGAAGCCUUUGGGUGGGGGUGGUGAGGGCCUUGGGGA